UCGGGAAGAUCCAGGCACCCCCAGAGCGCCCUCGGCGUGGCGCAACUGCUGGAGAGCAUCCCGAGACUGCAAAGCAGACGAAAACCCACGGAAGCGACCCAACGCCUCGGAACCUCGAACCUGACCCCCUCCCAACGCUGCCCUUGACGGGCCCUCGGACAGUGUGCCGAUGCAGCCUUGUGCUCUCCUGGGCGGAGUCGGGGGUGUAGUCCGCGUGCACGCGCUGGACGGCCCCGGCGUGGCCCUCGGACGGUGGCGGCGGAGGAGCAACAAAACGCUGUUGCUGUUGCCGUGUCUUGCUUCUCGAGGCAACUCGCGCAGGACUCGGUCGAACGCCAGCACGUGCGAGGCGCCCGUCGCCUCUGCGACGAGCUCGCGCAGCUCGCCGAAGCAGACCUUCACGACCUGCUCGUCGUCCCCGAAAUCGUCGCACGCGGUGGGCGCCUCUCGCAGCUCGAAGCCGUCGGCCUCCAGCCGGAAGGGCGGGUCUCGGCACCGGGCAUCUUUGGAGCUCCACCUCCCGGGGGUCUGGCCGGUCCACUAGGUCGGACUGAAAGUGGUGGGGCGGGACGACGUACUUGCCGACGCGGAAGCCCCUCGAGGGCUCCUGGCUAGUGUACGACGCCGCGGCUCGACGCGAAGCUCCGGGCCAGCCUCCGGCGUGCCAAGCCUGUCUGCGCCAGGGAGCCCCCGGCCACGAGCGAGGCCUGUGGGCGCAGCCGACGCGGAAGCGCUCGCAUGGCCGCAGCGCUGUCGCGACCAAUCUUAGAGAGUUGCGGCUCGAGCCA